AUGGCUCAACCUAGUGAUCAUGCACCUGAACUGUUAUCUCCUUCAUUUUCUGUGUUCGGUCUCAAGUACAUUGCACCACAUGGUCCACAUCCACUUGAAGUUACAAUCGAGAAGUUUCCUUGUAAAACCCUUGUGAUAACAGAUAUUAACCAUAAAAUCUUGUUCAAAGUAAAACCACAUGAUACAAGCUUACACCGUCAGAGAUUGAUGUUUGAUGCUGAUGACAAACCCAUUGUGAUGCUAAGGGAGAAGAAUUUGACUAUGCAUAAACAAUGGGAGGCAUUUAGAGGUGAUAGUAAUGCCAGUUCAAACAUGAUAUUUAACACAAAAACGGAAAACUUGAUCCAGUUUAAGACCCGUACUGUAAGUGUGAUGUUGGCAAACAAAUCGAACAGCAACAACGAUUGUGAUUUGAAGAUAGAAGGGAGCUGGAAGAAGAAAAACUUCACUAUCGGGGAUUCUUCAAAAAAAAAAAAAAAAUAG